GCUCCCACCCGGCUCUGAAGUCAGGAAACCCAAGAGGAAAUGACUGGGCCUCUCGGUCCCCGCCCGCCCGCGCUCCCCUGGCCACACCCUCCGCCCGGACGCCUCUCCCGCCGCGGUCCUCGUCCUCAGGCUGCGGGCUCCCGACCCCCGGCGCUGACGUAAGUCCCUCCUUCGAUCCACCUCCAGCCGCUGCCCCUCUGCCCAGCGCCGGGCUCAGAUGUCGCCCGCUGGCCGCCUGUGUCUCCUCACCGUCCUCAGCCUCUUUCUCCCCACCAGAGGACAGACGUUGGAAGAGACCGCAUCCAUUUCUACAGUGGACCCAACUAUUUUGGGCACCCAUGGCCCGACGCAAGUCCCAGGUUCAGUCCACCCGGAAGUCCAGUCCACCCCUCAGACCUGGAUCCAGCCGACUGAAGAAACAACACAAAGCCAGAACAGGAUGGAGACCCAGAAGCCGACAGGAAUGGACAUGACAGACCCAGGGACAGGAAUGGAUGUGACAGACCCAGGGACGCUCACGAGCAGCCAGGAAGGCACCACAGAGCUCCCUGGGAGGCCAUCCCCAAGCAAAGACGUCAUGAUGGACCCCCUGACCCCCAGCUCCUCAGGUUCGGAUGAGGACGACCCCUUCUACUACGAUGAGGCCACUCUCCGGAGGCGGGGACUCCUGGUGGCAGCUGUGCUGUUCAUCACGGGCAUUGUCAUCCUCACCAGUGGCAAGUGCAGGCAGCUGUCCCAAUUGUGCCGGUGUCAACGCAGGUGAGUCCAUAAGGAGUGGGGGCCACCAACCCCGCGGGGACUCCAAGAGCGAGCCCCCACCAGUGCCUGGCACCCAGCCUCCUCCCUCCCUCCCCUCCAAGAGCCUACAGAGUGGUCAGUGGAAGAAGCCCCGCCUGAGAGGGAAGACCCCGAUGGACGGAGCCAGACCUGGGCUGACCCCCGAGUCCCACCUGCCCGCUGCCGCCCCGGGGGCUUCGGGCUCCCUGGGCACCGCCCCUGAAGUGACCCGCUCU